AUGUGGCAGGGUUUGAUUUCGCAGUAUCUGUGGUAUGAAGCGAAGGCGUUGGGAGUACUGCGUCGGGUACCGUACAUGGAGGAGUACACUUAUGAUCCUAUAAGUGCUAGGAUCACACUUUUCCUGGCGGUAGUGGGGACCCUGGCAUUUUUCAAUGAGCUCUACAUUACGAUUGAGAUGAGUUUUCUCCAGAAGAAGACUUACAAUGAACUGAACGCGGCUGCACUGAACGCGGAGCUACUCAAGAACCAUCGUAUGAUUCUAGACGACGAGUUUCAUGGCAAAGAAUGGCUCGACGAGAAAAGUGGGAUCGUAAUUGAAGAGUUUGAAACCCGCGACCGUUUCUUCGCUAAACCAGUGCAUGUGGCUCAUCUGUACGUGGAAUGCAACGUCGUGUCUCGCUGCGACAUUGCUGGUAACAACCUCACGCAUGAAGAAGGGAAAUACGUCAAGGCCAACGGUCCGAACCUUUUGUCAAAACCAUUUCGUUUUCACAUCGAAUUCUCUCCCGAAGAGUACGAGCUUGAAAAGAGACCAGAGUUCGGAUGUAGGUUGGACGUUCUUAGACGCAAACUCUAUCAUUUCUUUAAGGAAACUGAUCUACACGAGCAAUUUGUCGUAGAAAAGAAUGACACGCUAGUAAACGAACCUUUUUCGGUCUCUAGAGGUGUUCAAAUAUACAACACAUCGAAUGAAUUACUACCUACAACCGUCGACGACAUCCAGUUAUGUUUUCUAAAAAUGGAGACCGGAGACACCAUCAAAUGCAAAUUUGUUGUUUAG